GAGAGGGGAGCUGAAGGCUCACUACACUGUAAAGUGUAGUGGCUAUACAUUUUAUAGAAAGCAAAGUUGAAGGUGAAUUCAUCGAAUUGCCAAAUUCUGCACACUCUGAAAUGUUGCACAGAGUAAUUCUCGACCCAGGUGGAAUUUAGCCCCAAUGGUUUGCAGCAAUCCUUCGAAAGGAAUCCAGAAGGGAGUCAUCACACUUUUUGACAGCUGACAAGAUUAUCAAUGUCCAGAAUUUGAGAGAAAAAACGGACCUGAAGAGAAACAGAGACAUUUACUUAUUGAUGAAUAGGUCAGGGUGGUUCUCACCAGAGGAUCUUUUCUAGGAGAAUGAGGGCUGGCAUGUUCCCCAAACAGAAAAUCAUGUCUCAGCACUUGCUGAUUGCUCUGCUUUGCCUGGCUCUUGGAGCUGCUGGAGAGACGGGAGACUGUCGAGAGCAUGAAUACAGAGACCAAGCUGGCAACUGUGUGGCCUGCAAACAGUGCAGCCCAGGAAAGGAACUCUCAAAGGAAUGCGGGUUCGGAUAUGGGGAUGAUGGACAGUGCAUGACCUGCAGGCCGAGCAGGUUCAAGGAGGACUGGGGAUUUCAGAAGUGUAAGCCCUGCCUGGACUGCGCUCUCAUCAACCGGGUCCAAAAGGCCAAUUGCACAGCCAUCAGCAACGCUGUGUGUGGAGAUUGCUUGACAGGAUUUUACAGAAAAACCAAGCUGGGUGGUUUCCAGGAAAUGGAGUGUAUUCCGUGCGGAGACCCUCCCCCUCCAUAUGAGCCUCACUGCAGUACCAGAGUAAACCUGGUGAAGAUCCCGUCCACUGCCUCCAGCCCUCGUGAUACUGCUCUGGCAGCUGUUAUAUGCAGUGCACUGGCUAUGGUUCUGCUGGCUCUCCUCAUCCUGUGUGUCAUUUACUGCAAGAAACAAUUUAUGGAGAAAAAACCCAGCUGGUCGAUGAGACUGCAGGAUUCUCAGCUGGAUAGUGCUGAACUGACUCCCUUUGGCAGACACAAGAUUAACUUGAGUCCACACAGAACCUGCACACAUUGUCAGCAGGGCCCGGUGCAGGCUUGUGGGCCUGUUCACCUGGUUCCAUCCUGCUGCUUUGAUGAAACAUGCAGUCUUGGGUACAGCAGCGAAAGCUCAUACCCUCCAUCAGGAUCUAUACGCCAUGAAAGGAACAUCGACUGUGCUGGAGAUUUGCACCCCUCUCUCCUUGAAGUCUUUUCACCCUCGUUCAGUGGAGACCCCUUGGAGGCCUGUCCUCUGAUGCAGAGCUCCACCUGCAGUGACACUGCUUCUUUCUGUGAAUCUCUUCUGCCAUCCAGCACUGAACCCCUCCUGGACCGUGUCGCUCCUUUUAGCCCAAAGACUGAAAACCUAACAAUCCCACCUUCAGAUACCUGUGCGAGGCUGGAGGAUCAGCCCGAUUCACUUUCCCUCCAGUCUCUUUCAGUCGAGGUGCCUGGAAUUAAUGAGCAAGUAGGUACAGAAGCCCCUGAAGAUCUGGCCUUGCUCGAUGCUGAAGCUCACUAUCAGCAUCAGAUAGAGAACAAUACUGAGCACACUCCAAGUGGGGAUGUUGAGGAGCGUGCCUAGGACACCGCACUUAGACCAUGCCAGAGGAGUACAGUACCUUGCUUAUUGAUGCUUCUCUGUUGAACCUUUCAAGCUGAACAUAUAUCCUUCGGAGAUGUGAGGUUCCAGGAAACCAAGUGAUCAGCCUGGAAUUGUCCCAGCUUAAGUGGCAAAUUGUACAUUGCGUCCAUCUGUCUGUCUUUAUUGCAGAGGAUGGCCACACCUUAAAUGAAUAUAUGGCUUAAUUUUAAGCGACUGUCUAUUUUCUUCUACUUGUGACUUAUUAACUGUUUUUCGUGUGCAACAUUUGACACCCUUUGCAACACUCCGAGGAAAGGAACUUUAGUGAAGCAAAGGUGGAAACGAAGACUGCUGUUGGAGGUCACAGUGUGGUACCAUUACGUGCAAAAUGAAGAUCAAUGGGCUUAAGACGCUUUCUGACAUGUGAAUCAUUAGCAACUGCAGCCUUGGACACUGAUAUUGGUGGGUAAUGGGAUCCCACUCAGAAGAUUUUGACUCUUUAGGCAACAGCCAUAAUUAAAAGUCUUUGUUAUUGGAACUGUAGAAGCUGGAGCUGUAGAAUAAUGCCAUUGUACACUUUUAAUUUUUUAAAAAUGCAGUACAUUAUGAUGAGGAUUUUUAAAAAGUAUUUGAAGGGGGGUUAACUGCGGAUUUUCCAUUAUGUUCUAUCUGUACUGACACAUAGUAUUUCAACAUAGAAAUGGUAACGCUGUAUGUACGGUCAGUGUGAUUUAAUGCUGUUUAUUGUUCUGUAUGGACUAGUAGUUCAGUUUAAUUGAUGCUGUAGUAAGCAGUGUAACAUGCUGAGGUAGUGUUGAAUGCCUUGUCAUUUGUACAUGUUCACACAUGUUGUGAGUAGCCAGGAGGAGUGCUUGCUCAUCAGACAAUGUCAACUUCUUUCUGGGGGUUCGGAUGACUUUUUAAAGUUGAACCAGGAGCUUUUGGCAUUGUUUCAAUAAAGGUUGAACUGUGGUGCUCAUAUAUGAUUUAUUAAACAAAAGUUGGCUAACAAAGUACAUCUGAGUAGAUUAGAUGUUAAAAUACCUUAUUCUACAUUAGCGAAUUCUUACUUACGAAAGUUGUUUAAAAUUGGCCACUAGCUGGCCACUGACACAAUAAAUUAAUGAGAAAAAAAAGCUA